AUGGAAAUUCAAAUUCCAAGAAAUCACGAGCUGAGGCUAGAAGUCAUGGAAAAUCAGAAAAUAAAAGUAAUGGUGAUCUCGGGAUUGGCAGAGAUUUUUGGCCAGGAGCUGCUCAAUGAAAAGUGGUAUAAUUUUACAGACAUCAAAUGUUCGAUCUUUACAUUCACUGGGGCUGUUGUGAAGAUCGAAGGUAGUUGUGAUUUGAGCUAUCUUGCUGAAUCUUCCUGUUUUCCAAAGAUUUUUAACUAUUUUGAUUCAAUAAAGGAUUCUUUGGGCAUUGUCAUUGUUGUUGGAAGAGGUCGAAGCACAUUUUGCACAACUCUGGCAAACUAUUUUGUUAGAGUUCGCAAAAAGCUGGACUUUCUCGAAGUUGAUCCAUUAAAAGGAAAUGUUUUUCCAGGCGCCCUUUCAUAUUUACAGAUUGAUUCGCUUGUUGAGUACAAUGACAAACUGAAGCUUACCAAUCCUUACUGUCUAUUUUUCGGGUCGUUGUCUAUUGAAAACACUGAACUAUAUCAAAUCCAAACAGAAAAACUAAAUGAAGAAGUUGAAAGCAGAGAGACUGGGAAUUUUAAAGUAAUUUUGUGUCCUGAGCUAUCAAAUGAUAUGUUGCACCAGCUUAUUAAGACAUUCAAGGCUUCCGGAGUUGUUUGCAUUGGUAACGAAAGGAUGUUUCAUAGGCUAAAUACGCCGAUUCCAAAGAUAUUUAUUGAGAAUACUGGAUAUAUUGCCGAAAAUACUGUUGCUAAAAGCAUAAAUAGAUAUUUUAAUGGUCCAAGCAGUGAGUAUACCCCAUCAUCGUUUUCAUUGAGAAGUGAAUACACAGUUCUAAGAAUUGGCGAGCAGUAUGCAGCACCCGAGAGUGCAUUACCAUUGGGAGCAUCAAGGAAGAUUGGCCAUACCGAUGUGUGUAGAUGUGAGUUGAUUCAGAAUGCAGUACUGGCCAUUUCUGGAGCUGAAAAUGAAGACCAGGUGGUAAGGUCGCCCGCACUAGGGUUUGUAGUGUGUGUGGAUGAAAAGAAGCAGAGAAUACUGUGCACUCAACCCAGACUCCCAAAAUGCAAAUAUCUAGUUCAAGGCUCUGUCAAAUAUAUCGACUUUUAA